GAAAUUCAAUAAAACAAGAAAUAUCAUCAGGAAAUAAGUUUUUCGAUAAAUAAAAUUCACUUUUUUUUUUUUGUUUUCAAUAUCGAAGUGUUUUGAGUUUAAACGUAUAACGUUGUUGACGUGCAAUGAGAAGAAUACUAGUUUUGGAGUAAAUGAGAUUUGUGACGUCAAAUGUGAAUCCCAAUGUGAUCGUGAGAAUUAAGAAAGCUUAAAUAAUAAACAUCUACCUUGUAUGCGAUUGAAAAUCGAUUAAAUAUAUAACACAAUUGUUGGAGAAAAAAAAUGAAGAAAACGAACAUAACCUCUAAAAGAGAAUAAACAUUUUUUACGCCCAUCAUAAUAUUCAGAUGAUCUCAAAUUACAGUACUAGAUAUUUAUAUAUUAAUGCAAAAAUCAAUUUGUAAAGUAGAAAAUGGAGCAAGCGGUGGUAAAUAUUAAUUCUGAGAAUCAAGAUGAAGAAACCUUUAAAAGGGAAGAAUCUUGGUACGAUGAGAGAAAUUUAGUUGUUCCUCUUAAUCAACAGGAAAUUCAAACUUCAUACAACAAAUUUGAUAAUGAUAUCACAACACAAUGGUGGCGUGAGGCAACGACUGUUUCCUCUGUUCAAUUACGUCAAGAAGAAGGUCCAAGUAAUAUUUCUUCUUAUUCACUAUUAGAACACAUUGUCGAAUCACAAUCAUCAAUUUUACAAAAUUCAGAGGAGAAUCUUAAAAAGGGAACAAAAAUUAAAGCAAUAAAAAAAAUUAAGUCAACUAAAGCAAAAGAUACAAUAAAACGUUCGAAACAUCCUGAAAAAUGGAAGGUGAACGUUAAGAAAAAUGCAAGAUUAAAAGGAGAAGAAUAUAUUGGCGUUGGAGGAAAAGUAGUACCGGCAAAAGUAAUGGGACCACCAUGUGAUUGUCGAAUGCGUUGUAAUGAAAAAAUAAAUGAAAUUUCACGUCAACAAUUGCAUAGUGUUUUUUGGAAGACAUGCACAUGGGAACAACGAAAGCAAUAUAUUGCAUUAUUAGUUAAAGAAUCGCCAAAACAACGAACACGAUGUCGAGGCGAAAUGAAAGGGGAAAAUCGACGUCAAAUUACAUUUACAUAUUCAUUAUUAAUAAAUGGUGAAUUUAUAACUGUUUGUAAAUGUAUGUUUUUAAGUACAUUUUCAGUGUCGGAAAAAUUUGUACGACAUGCAAUGGAUAAAAAACGUUCAUCACCAGGUGGAAUAAUAGGUCCCGAUCAACGUGGUCGACAUACGCCAAAAAGUAAAAAAAGUGAAAUUGUCCGCAAUCGUAUACGCGAACAUAUUAAAUCAUUUCCCACGGAAAAAUUACAAAAUUCAAAAGAUCCAAAUGAAUUAAAAUAUCUUGAUUAUGGAUUAAGUAUAGCGUCAAUGCACAAAUUAUAUGUGAAUAAAUGUAAAGAAGAUGGUGUACCCGAAAUGGAAAUUGUUAAAGAAAGCUACUAUCGUGAAAUGUUUAAAGCAGAAUUUAAUUUAGCUUUUAAACCACAAUCAAGAUGAGAAAUAAAAAUCUAAAAAUAAUAUAGUUAUAACAAAUAAUGUAUAUAGGUUUUUAUAGUAUAUAUAUAUAUAUAUAUA